AAAGCAGCACAACAUAAGGGACAAGGGAACCUCGAUCCCAUGCCAUGUGCGGAUGGGGCAUUAUUAUUUCACUUUGUAAAUAGUAAGUGUGUCUCUCAAACAAAGAUGAGAUCUUUGGUGUUGGAUUUUUGACGAAUGAAAUAAUAGUAUUAUGGAGAAGAAGAAGGAAGAAGGAGGGAAAGUGGGGCUGAGAAAGAAGCCAUGUGGGUGUGUGUGAUUUUUUUAGUUCUCUCUGACACCACCCCAUCUAAUCUUAACACACAAUGAGAGCACAACAUGGAAGAAAAGCACUUGAGAUAGAUCUAAACAUGGAACAUGAAACAUGAGAGAGUGAGUGGUGUUGUUUUUGUGUGAUGCAGUUGUUUUAGAUCUUGUUGAGAAUGAUGAGUGGUAGGAAUGUGAGAGAGUCUCUAUUGGGAUCCCUCAACCAUCACCGUAGAGGGCAUAGUUUUAAUGGGGUGGCCAACAACAACCACCACCACGAUGACAACCUCGAUCUUUUCUCCGACAACCGUCGCUCCCUCGCUCUUGCUGCUUCUUCUGAUGACUCUUCAGAUGUUUCGGUGAAACUGGGGAGGCUCUCAGUUGGAACAGCGAAACCGGUUAGAAGUGGGAUUGAUGAUCUGUUAUCAUCUACAGAAGGAGGGAAGCAUGAUUAUGACUGGCUUCUCACUCCCCCGGGGACCCCUGUUUUUCCAUCAGAAGGAGAAACCCAAACAACCUUAGCUCCUCCAAGGAGAAGUUUGACUAGAUCAACAUCUACCUCUAAGGCCUCAAGGCUUGCAGUCUCACAAUCAGAGAACAAUCCCCCCUCUAGACCAGCAAGAAGCAGUUCAGUAACUCGCUCUUCCAUUUCCACUUCACACUCACAGUACAGCUCCUAUUCUUCAAACAGACACUCAUCUUCAAUCCUCAACACAAGUUCAGCCUCAGUUUCAUCUUACAUUAGACCAUCUUCCCCCGUAACUCACUCUUCAUCUGCAGCAAGGCCUUCCACUCCCUCGUCUCGCCCCACAGCAUCGCGGUCCUCAACACCCUCCAAACCGCGUUCAGUUUCCACCAACUCUACUGCUGAAAAGAAUAGACCAUCAUCACAAGGCUCAAGACCUUCCACUCCUAGUUCUAGGCCUCACAUUCCUGCGAACUUGCAUUCUCCAUCUGCUUCAUCAACUCGAUCACUGUCUCGGCCUUCUACUCCCACACGUAGGAGCUCAAUGCCAUCUUUAUCUCCAUCACCUUCCCCUACAACAGGUUCUUUAACUUCAGCAGGCCGUGUUUCAUCGAAUGGACGCAGUUCAGCACCUGCAUCAAGGCCAAGCUCACCAAGCCCGCGAGUUAGGCCUCCACCUCAGCCAAUUGUUCCACCUGAUUUCCCACUUGAAACACCACCAAACCUGAGAACAACAUUGCCUGAUAGGCCGGUUUCUGCAGGUCGAUCACGUCCUGGUGGUGUCACUAUGAAGGCAAAUGUUUCUGAAACUCAAGCCUCCCCAGUUACUAUGCCAAGGAGGCAUUCAUCUCCUAUUGUUAGUAGGGGGAGAGUGACAGAACCUGCAGCAAAAACCCGUGGCUAUUCCAAUGGCCAUCAUGCUGAUGCUUCUGAGCCUAGAAAAGUCUCACAUGCUCCUGAGGUGGCUGCAAGGAAAUCUAUUAGGUCCUCAACUACUGCUCCUGACAACACUGGAUUUGGGAGGACUAUCUCAAAGAAAUCCUUGGAUAUGGCUAUUAAGCACAUGGAUAUAAGGAACAGCUCAGGAAAUAUUCGUUCACUAUCAAGCACCACACUCUUUCCUCAAAGUAUUAGAACUUCCACUUCCAAAUCUCAUCGAGUCUCGAGUGCUCCAGCAUCUGUUGACAUGAAUGGAAGCAUGAUAAGCAGUAAAAAUGGAGCCAAUUUUGAUGUGGGAAAUGGUAUUGAUAGGAAUAUGAUGAUGAAAGGAAGAGAUGCAGAUGAAAGACAAUAUUCUGCAAAACUGAGCGAAGUGGACAUCUAUGAGAGUUCUCGUUAUGAUGCACUAUUGUUUAAAGAAGAUUUGAAGAACACAAACUGGCUGCAUGGUGCUGAUGAUAAGUGUGAUCAAGGCCCCAUAUUUGAUAAUGGAUUUGAGCACCUUCCUGAACCUUUUGGCCUCUUAUAACAAUAUCUAUAGAGGUUCUUCCCAGUGCAUUUGUAACAUGCUAUUUUAUGUUCUAAUUAUUAUCUCAAUUUUUUGAAAGAAUGGGAUGUUUCAACUUAUAUAGCUCCAAGGUAAAGAAGUGAAGAUGCAUUCAUAUGUUUUCUGCAAUCUGCUGAGAAAUCAGUGGAUUCAACUUUGAUCUUAAAGCUAUACAAACAAUGCAGGAAAAAAUUACAUGACAGAGGUCCAACUUUCUUUGGGAGAAUGAGAAUUUUCAUAAAUGAGUGAGUUGCAUACCAUGUAUGCGUUUGUCAAAAGGCAAAUGUACUGUGAGUACAUAGAGAUGAACGGGAUGUGAUGUCAUAUGCAAACACUAUGGUUGAGUGUUAUUUCCCACUUGGCAAUGAACACUAUAGUUGAGUUGAGUUGUAUUUCUACAUUUUUGUGCUCUUUACUUAACCCAUGUACAAUAGUCAAAUUUUGAUAAAUUCUUUAAAAA